AUGCCGUGUUGCUUAGCUGUUGACUUGCGUGGUCACACCAACUACGGGCUGCAUGAGCAUGAAUUCUACGCCACUGGCAACAUCGGUGCAUCACCAAGCGCGAAUCGAGAGUACCUGUCACAUUUGGCUUCAACGGGGAAAGAUCUGGCGGGCGGACGCUCUGCGGACGACAGAGUGCAUUGCUCUGGAGCCCUGAGGCCAUCUAGACAGACACUAAGGUUACAGAUUGUGGACGCCAUCUACGCUUAUAGCAUGGCGCUGAUGGAGGAUGGCGAGGGUCAGGGGGGUCAACAAGAUACUGUACAUCAUACAGCUUACAGGGACACCAACAAAUCCUAUCUGCUCGUCAAACUACUGUACCUUACCGUACGAAUAUUCAAUUCUUGGUGGCUGUUGGGCGACCCCAUAUUGGUGCUUAUAGGCGCUAUCGCAAGUGUGUAG